UGCUUGAAAAUAUCAUAUAUCUUUUGGAACCAGCGCCAAGUUGUAUUUUUGGUGGAUGAGACUCCAAUCAGAGCGCACACAAACAUCGAACGCAAAGGAAUUCCCUUUCCAAAGGACCAAGCAAUCGGUGUCUACAGCUCAAUAUGGAACGCAGACGAUUGGGCCACACAAGGUGGGAGGGUCAAGACGGAGUGGUUCCAUGCGCCCUUCACAGCCACCUAUAAGAACUUUGAAAUUGACGCGUGCGAGUGCGCAGUGUCAGUUGCAGCAUUUGAUAAUGCUAAGAAAUACAGCAGCAGUGGUGCUAAGAGAUAUUGGUGGGAUGAGCCAACGCUGUCUGGACUAAAUGUGCACCAGAGUCAUCAGCUCCUGUGGGUUAAAGUCAAUCACAUGAUCUAUGAUUAUUGCACCGGUGACUCCUACAGAGUGUUUGCACCACAGCCACCGCUACUAAUAGUGAUUUAAUGUGGGUGUUUGAGUAUGGAUGGUGAUGGGUUUUGGGUGACUGUAAAAAAAAGGAAAUAUGGGGAUGGAUGAUCAUAACUUGUAAACAUGUCCAUGUUUAUCAUAUGUUUUCAAAAAAAUGGUAGCAGUAAUUAUGAGAGAGAGAGAGAGCGUUGCUGGACUGGAAGUGUGAGAGAAAUAUGAGA